AUGGAUCAGAAUAUUACGGAAGAAAGAAUUCUAAUGAAGAAGCAUGACAUACAGUAUAACAUAUCAGCGAUGAGGCACCCUGAAUGGCAUCUUCACAAUGAUGUGACCUCAAGAAAGAUUUUCACAAUAAUCGAGGCCAAAGAACAUCUUCAAAGGGACAGAAGAAGAAAACGUCGAGGACAUACCAGGAGGAGAAAGAAUCUUGAUAAAAAAAAUAAGGAACGGAACAACAUCUUAACCAUGCCGCGAGAAGGGGGUAUCUUUAUAGGGGAAUCACAAACGAGAGGACAUCUUCAGGAGGCUGCAAAAGAGGCUAGAUCAUGA